AUGACCACAAACCCGAAUCAGAUGGGCCUUCUCAACUUGGCCAUCAAUCUGACACAAACACUCCCAUCCAACAUCACCACAAACCAGACCGAGACAAGCCCCCUCACUAUAACACAUCAUAACACCGUCAGGCUCGAAUACUCAGUCACAAUGAACUUAGCAAAAUGGGGAACAGCCUUUCAGUCGACAGUGGCUAAUGACUGGUAUGCUCAAAACGCUCUGGAUGGGUUGAGCUACACCUGUACUCACACUGCAGACCAAACUGACCCGUGGUGGAAGCUGGACCUGAUGAAGAUGUACAGUGUGAACAGAGUGACCAUCACUAACAGAGCCGUCUGCUGUGAAAGCAGGAUAAACGGAGCAGAGAUUAGGGUUGGAAACAAUUUUUCAGAUGUUUUCAGCAACCCAGUAUGUGCUGUAGUUUCUACUAUUCCAGCAGGAGCUACCUACAGCUACUCGUGUCAUGGGAUGGAGGGACGUUAUGUUACUGUGAACAUUCCUGGAGAUUUAAGGGUUCUUACUCUGUGUGAGGUGGAGGUCUAUGGAGAAGGUCCUUUACUGAAGAGAACUUUCCUGAAGUUGAAACUGAAGUCCAGUUGGAGUCUGUCUGAUCCUGCGGUGAGAGUCCAGCUCCUGUCACAGCUCCAGUCUGUUUUGGAGGAACGAGGGUUUUCUGACGUUACGCUGCAAUGGACUCAACCGCCAGAACAGGAAGUGAAGCCGAAGGAAGCUGCACCAGCUAAAUGUGCUGUAAGAAAGAGAAGAUGA